UUUUGGUGCUCGGCCCCGGCGUCUUCCUUCAUCAUUCCCGGGAGAGUGUCCCUUACGCCACCGCAAUUCCUGCUCCCAAUUAUUUCCCUCACUGCUUCCCAAUUGAGUGGGUUCUGUUUUGAUUCGAUUGCCGUCAGAUCGAUCGACUUCGACCUACCGAGAAUCUCUUCGGCAGCGUGAGGGAAACAUCGUCAAACAUGGUGUCCGCAAACAAGGAAAUGGUUGUGUACUGCUUCGACACGCUGGUGGCACACUACAAUAGCGAGCAGGCUCCUCCUCCGGCUUUUGAUGAGGGUCAACAUCCAUUGUUCGUGACAUGGAAGAAAGUGAUUAAUGGUGGGGAAUCUCGCCUACGAGGAUGCAUAGGUACUCUUGAAGCUCGAUGUAUUGUUAGUGGUUUCAAGGAUUAUGCUUUAACAAGUGCCCUCCGGGACCGCAGAUUUCCCCCUAUACAGGCCAAAGAAUUGCCUUGCUUGGAAUGUACAGUUUCCAUACUGACUAAUUAUGAAUCUGCUCAUGACUAUCUUGACUGGGAGGUUGGAAAGCAUGGAAUAAUUAUUGAAUUUACUGACACUGACUACAAUACCAGGCGGAGCGCCACCUACUUGCCUGAGAUUGCUGCUCAUGAAGGUUGGUCCAAGACGGAAGCAAUCGACUCCCUGAUAAGAAAGGCGGGAUACAAUGGCACCAUCACCGAACAACUCAGAAAAGGUAUCCAACUGACGCGUUACCAGAGCACGCUGUUUACCAUGCACUACAACGAGUAUGUGGCGUAUGUGAAGGCAACCAGAGGUGCUGCUCCUAAUAUUAAUGGGACAGCUAGAGGUGCUGCUCCUUGUAUUAAUGGGGCAAGGCACGGCUAUUAUUGAUUGGUGGUUCUUCAGCUUCCAUUGAAGCUUUUGUUGACAAAUGGGAAGUUUAAGCUAAGGUAAGGUAAUUUAUUUCCAAAAAAAGGAAAUUGUAAGGAAAAACAUAAAAGCUCGAUGCAAACUAAUUCCUGUUUCAUCAUCGGCCAGACUAUUUACUCAUUGGCUACUGAUGCUAUGGUUAUUAUUAUUAUUGUUAUAGUUGUUGUUAUGUGUAUGUUGUCUUUGUGAUUUAAAUGUCCUGAAAACUGGAAAUGAUAAGAUUUGGGACAAAGCACAAGUGCAAAUGUUUGUUAUCA